GUGCUCUAAUUGGUACGUGUGUCUUGCCAACGCCUAGUUUCUAGACAAUCGUUCCAGGUCCUUCUUUCACCGUGGUAGAUUUUGGUUGCCGGUUAGUUUGAUCUCUGCAAAAAUGAUGGGCCGACCGGUUCUCGUGUUAAGUCAAAAUAUGAAAAGAGAGUCUGGGCGGAAAGUCCAGACCGGGAACAUUAGCGCAGCUAAGAUGAUAGCUGACGUCAUCAGGACGUGUUUGGGACCAAGAGCCAUGAUGAAGAUGCUUUUGGAUCCCAUGGGUGGUAUUGUCAUGACCAAUGAUGGUAAUGCUAUUCUCAGAGAGAUUCAGGUACAGCACCCGGCAGCCAAGUCUAUGAUUGAGAUCAGUCGGACCCAGGACGAGGAGGUGGGAGAUGGUACUACCUCUGUCAUCAUUCUAGCUGGUGAGAUGCUCUCUGUUGCUGAGCAGUUUCUGGAGCAGCAGAUGCACCCCACGAUAGUCAUCAGUGCUUAUAGACAAGCCCUGGAUGACAUGCUCAGCAUGCUCAAAGAGAUCAGCACACCAGUGGAUGUGAACAACCGGGAAAUGAUGCUGAAGAUAAUCAACUCUGCUGUCAACACAAAAGCAUUGAACCAGUGGGCUGAUAUGGCCUGUAACAUUGCCUUGGACGCCGUACGCACUGUUGAGCUGACGGAGGGAGGCCGCAGGGAAAUUGACAUCAAGAAGUAUGCCAAAGUGGAGAAGGUCCCGGGUGGAUUCAUUGAGGAUUCCUGUGUGCUGAGAGGAGUGAUGGUGAAUAAGGACAUCACACACCCCCGCAUGCGUCGCCUAAUCAAAAACCCUCGCAUCAUUCUCCUCGACUGCAAUUUGGAGUACAAGAAGGGAGAGAGCCAGACUGAUAUUGAAAUCACACGUGAGGAAGACUUUGCCCGCAUUCUGCAGAUGGAGGAAGAGUACAUCCAGCAGAUCUGUGAAGACAUCAUUCGUCUUAAACCUGACCUGAUCUUCACAGAGAAGGGCAUUUCUGACCUGGCUCAGCACUACCUGGUAAAGGCCAACAUAACCGCUAUUCGUCGUGUGAGGAAGACCGACAACAACCGUAUUGCCAGAGCGUGUGGAGCUCGCAUUGCCAGCCGGACAGAGGAACUCCGGGAGGAGGACGUUGGAACUGGGGCUGGGCUUUUUGAGGUGAAGAAGAUCGGAGACGAGUACUUCACCUUCGUCACAGAGUGCAAAGACCCGAAAGCCUGCACAAUCCUGCUCCGAGGAGCCAGCAAGGAAAUCCUUGCGGAGGUGGAGCGGAACCUGCAGGACGCCAUGCAGGUGUGCAGGAACGUGCUCCUGGAACCCUACCUGCUGCCGGGCGGCGGCGCCGUGGAGAUGGCCGUGUCCCACCAGCUGAUGGAGCGCUCACGGGCCCUCACAGGGGUGGAGCAGUGGCCCUACCGCGCCGUGGCCCAGGCCCUGGAGGUCAUCCCCCGCACACUCAUCCAGAACUGUGGGGCCAGCACUAUCAGAGUGCUCACCUCACUCAGGGCGAAGCACACACAGGAGGGCUUUGCAUCAUGGGGUGUAAACGGUGAGACGGGCGCCCUCGUAGACAUGACUGAACUCGGCAUCGUGGAACCGCUGGCAGUGAAGGCUCAGACCUACAAGACCGCUGUGGAGACGGCCAUCUUGCUGCUGCGCAUCGAUGACAUUGUGUCUGGGCACAAGAAAAAGAAGGAUGGGGACGAGCAGAUGGGAGCCCCUGAGUAGAGGAGGGGUAUACGGUUACACAAAGAUGUGGUGUGGUGAGGAGGAUUGGGCCAAGAUGACUGGGAAUAAGGGGUGAAGUAUAGACAGAAAUUAGCGUGUAAAAAGAUGUCUCCUUGCGUGUAUUCCCCAAUUUUUCUUUGUUCUGAUAAACCAAUCAGUGUCUCCCUGAGCUAGUCUUUUACAUGUAAGCCUGACUUAGUUAGAAGGGCUUUUGGUGACUCUGAAACUUUGGCUUGUGAAUAAACAUCCUUGUCAUAUUCAUCCUGACUUCACUCCAUGGCUGUUUACUUCAAUUCAAAUUGGCUGUUAAAUGGCACUGUUACUUUUUAUUUGCUGCCAGUGAUAAAGUUACAUGACCAAAACCAAA